AUGACGUUGCAAGUGCUGCUCUCUAGCGGUGACUUUAUCAAACCGCAUCGACCAAUCACAAAACGGCUGAAUGUGCUGUACGAGCGCAACUGGACUCGGCUGGUGCACGAGCAACUGGCUCAGUUCGAGGCGAGUGUGGUCGAGGCUACCCGAGCCCAGGGUGCCGAGUUACUCGACGCCGAGUUGCACUGGACAUUCGGAGGAGCUCUGCUCUACUCGGUCACACUUGUCACUACUAUCGGUUAUGGGAACCUUUCACCAAAGACUACCGAGGGCAAGCUUGUGACAAUGCUCUAUGCAAUAAUCGGAGUCCCUUUGAUGCUUGUAUGCCUCUCAAACCUGGGAUCACUCCUGGCCAAAGCCUUUCAGUGCCUCUAUACACAUGUCUGCUGUCUGCAGACGCCCCAUGGUAAGUCAACCCUGGUAGCAGUGGGAGGUAGACACGGCAAGCCAGUGUGUAGUCUGACACCAGAGCCCGACAAACUCUACACUCAGACCACCACAAUAGACUACAACGCGCAUGCGCCACAGGUCGACUCUGAGGACGAGGAUCCCGACAAUGCCAGAGGGUCAUCAACAACCCACGACACCCCCUCCCGGGUGCCCCUGAUCUGGCGCGGGGGAGCCACCACCGACACCCCCACACGCCGUGCCCCCACACCCCCACCCCCGCGACGGGCAGCCCCCCGCCUACCUCCCUCCCAUCACCCCAAGGGUCUCCCCCGCGUCCCACCAUCCCUAGUGCUCCUAGUGCUAGCCGGCUAUGUCCUCCUAGGAGCAGUCAUCUUCGCCUCCUGGGAGAACUGGAGCUACCUAGACAGCGCCUACUUUUGUUUCGUCACUUUAUCGACGAUCGGUUUCGGCGAACUGGUUCCUAGUCGAUCGCUUCGCAGCGCUGAAAGUGACGACAACCAAACCCGACUGAUCGUUUGCUGCGCGUAUUUACUGUUCGGUCUAGCAGUUGUCGCGAUGUCGUUCUCGCUUAUGCAGGACGAAAUCGCGUAUCGCAGCCGACAGUUGGCCGAGUAUUGUGGACUGACGCGUCGUCCUGACGCGCAUGUAUGACACAAGAUGGCGGCGGCUCAGCGGAAACGGGAACUCACCAGUUCUGAGUCGGAGGUGUCCAUCGGCUAAAAUCAGCUGAUUUUUGUGAAAAUAUUUGUGUUUCUACACGGCGAAACUGGUUUUCAAUACAUAUUGAUGAAAAACUUGACAAAUACCUCAAUCUAAAUUACCACACAUGUAGUCUGACAAGUUGAUCCCUAGUUUUUAGGAUCGGUGGCGAGGGAAAGUUGAAUGAAUACGCCAACUGAGCAUGCCUGAUUGCUGUAUUCCAAAAUAAUUACGGCUGGUUGACUUAAGUACCUGGUAGCAACUCAGCUAUUGACUAAAGCUAGGGCCGGUUUCCGAGCUCGGGAUUUAGCCAAGCUCUAGACUUUAAACAGCUGGAGUCAGAAAAUUUGCUUUCCGAAACGGGGCGUAGUCGCAGUACAUAUUUCGAUUAAAUUUCGAAAAACUA